AACAUACCAGAGCAGAAACUCAACUGGUUAAUGGCUUCGGCGGAUGUGAGCAAUUAUCUAGCAUAGUAUAAUAUUCCACAUGGAUAUAAUGUUCCACAUGGAGACUUAGGGGCUCAUUUCGCCAUGUAUCCAAACUCCCUAGUGAUAGCCUUGUUAAGUGAUUAAGCUCACGAGUUUUCGUGAUGAAAUUCAAAUGGUAUCCGCACUAUCAUAUCCAUAGCCGGCUUUUUCUCGCUUGUGAUACGCGAGAGUCGUGUCAUGGAGAUUCAUCUUACACAGCUGCCAGCUUGAAGCGCCCGUUCACAUCCUGAAAUGUUAUUUUGAUCGUAUUAGACCCCCGCUGAAACUUGUACAGAGCUGGGACUCAUGUAUUCUGUUCUUUUUGCCGUCUCAUGGAAGUCACCGCUAGGUUAGGGUGAGGGAGUUAGAGGGAAAGUAGCUUGAUUUAGGCGUAUUUUCCACUCAUAGUUAUUAUAUCUCCUCUUCCACCGUCAUCUGGCGCGCUUUGGCGCACCACUUGUGUUGGAUGAUUCCUGCUGCAACACAAGUAUUAUCUCUCCAUGGCUGCUCUGGAUACUCCGCUAUUAUUCUAGUUGUCAUCGCUAACGGUAUGACUGCCGAAUCUGCAGUACUCCACGGUAAAUGGUCAAAUCUAGGUACUCUCGCUCAUACCUCCCUACUCUGUUUUACGUGCUCAAGCCAGUUAUUGCCGGUUCAUGUCUGGAAAGCAACUAUGAGGCCAUAGACCAGUACAAAACCCCGUAUAAGUGAAUCUCUAUGAAGAAGCUACGAAGUGGACCAUAGUAGGCAUAUGAGCUUACAGGAAAAGGGAAAGUUCUGUGCACAACAGCACGUAAUAGCUGCUCAUAAGGAGGCAAUUAGAUUCCAAAAUUGUAUAUGAUAUGUAGCUACCUACAUAGUAGUCAGGGUUAUAUAUUAAGCAAGGCAUCUAUGGAGUGGACCUUACUGGCGCCACGUCUUCACUAUAGUCUUUUUUCUGGAUCUUUCCC